AUUAUCUCAAAAGCACGAAGAUGUUCCCGACUGCAACACCUGGGGCUUUCGCGUGCUCGAAUCACGUUACGUCACUGUUCCCCAAUCAGAAGGAAAUUUGAAACACCUGACACAGCGGGGGUUUUGUGUACGGAGUGAAAUGAUUGUGUUUAGCGGCGCAUGGUAACCUCGCUGCUGUGACAGUGUAAUGGGAACGUACAGUACCAUUUCAAGCAACCUGUGGGAAAAAUGUGGCGGCCCGGCUCCAGCUGUCACGCGCCGCAAAGCCCAGAACGACAAGGGAACGAAGUUCCUGACCCCGCCUUUCCGAAGAGCAGCAGACCUGAACUGGAGUCACUGUCCAUUAAUCUAAGGGAAGCACAGCACAGGCUUUUCUGAGAGUGGUGCUCAGUGGAAGCCCUGCCCCAUUCCUGCGUUGAUUGACAGGCUUUGGAGCGGGAGCGCUAGGCCGACCUGGGACCGGCGGUACGGAAGCCAGACGCAGACCGAGGCUUUCGGGUCUUCCACACGCUCCGACAGAAGAAUCAGGCCGUUUCCGGGAGAGGAAGACGCGGAGGAAGAAGAGGAAUCUGCGGGACAACGAAGCAAAAAAAAAAAAAAACUGAAAUGAAAAGGGGACACGGCAUUCUCCUGAUGUAGAAGAUCAGUUUGGAUUUCGGGCGAAGCGUGUCAGCUGGCCGGAGAGGCGGAGACUCGCCAGGUUUGUCGCCUGGCCUCGUCCAUUACUGAGACUCUAUCUGUGCAGAGGAGGAGAGAGGAGGAGCCAUGAGCGUGUCCCGCACUGCCCGGCACUGUAUCUCGGCACGGAACCACCCAAAAUGGGGGCCAUGCUAGCCACCAUGCCGUCUGUGCAGCUGUGAUUGCUUUUCAGACUCCCUUCCUCUUCAAGCACUUCCCUCCCUCCUGUUAUUUAUCUCUCUCUCUCUCCCGCCUUUCUCUCUCUCUCUCGAAUUCAGCCAAACACCUUUGCAUAUUUCUUUUACUCCUUCUGUCAUCCUCCUUUUCUUUCUUUUUUUUUUUUUUAAAGACAACUUGCAUAUUUUCCCAUCAUGCAAAGCUUGGUCCACAUACCUGCUCUCCCUGCUCCCCCCUCUUCAUCCACCAUUCUCCUCCUCUUCCUGCCUUUGCUCCUGCUUCUUCGCCUGCCGGGCCAAGCGCGGGCCGACUGCUGGCUCAUCGAGGGCGACAAGGGCUACGUGUGGCUGGCCAUCUGCAGCCAGAACCAGCCCCCGUACGAGACCAUCCCCCAGCACAUCAACAACACGGUGCACGACCUGCGGCUCAACGAGAACAAGCUGAAGGCCGUCUUCUUCUCCUCACUGAACCGCUUCACCAACCUGACCGACCUCAACCUCACCAAGAACGAGAUCGCCUACGUCGAGGACGGGGCCUUCGCCGGGCAGGCCAACCUGCAGGUGCUGCAGCUGGGCUACAACAAGCUGACCAACCUGACGGAGGGGAUGCUGCGGGGUCUGGGGCGGAUGCAGUGCCUCUUCCUGCAGCACAACCUGAUCGAGGUCAUCGCCACCAACGCUUUCUGGGAGUGCCCCAGCCUCAGCAGUUUAGACUUGUCCUCCAACAAGCUGGCCCGCCUGGACCCCUCCACCUUCACCAGCCUGACCCGGCUGAUGGUGUGCGAGCUGGCGGGUAACCCCUUCCACUGCGGCUGCGACCUCUUCAGCUUCCUCACCUGGCUGGAGGACUUCAACAACGUCACCCACACCUACGACCGGCUGCAGUGCGAGACCCCGCGCGAGCUGUUCGGCUUCCCCCUGCUGAGCCCCGUGACGGGUCACGGACGGAGCGCACGCACCAUCCUCGCCUCCUGCCGGGAUGGGGUGUACAUCCCCGGGAUGACCUCCCUCCCCCCGGACUCCGAUGCCUCGGGCCUGGGCCCGGACAUGUCAGACCGCAUCGGGCCCUACCACCAGACCACCAUGUCCUCGGUGGACCCCUCCUACAUCCCCAGCAUCAAGCUGCAUCACGUCUCGCUCUACUCCGCCUCGCUGCUGGUGCAGAUCCCCCGGCCCUACAGCAAGAUGUACAUCCUGGUGCAGUACAACGACAGCUACGUUUCGGACGUGAUGAACCUGAAGAAGAAGAAGGAGCUGAUCACCCUGGACAAGCUCAAGGCCCACACCAACUACACCUUCUGCGUGGCCUCCAUCCGGAACUCGCAGCGCUACAACCAUACGUGCCUCUUCUUCUCCACCCGCACGCAGAACCCCGACGAUAUGGGGCCCAGCUCCUCCACCACCACCCACUACAUCAUGACCAUCCUGGGUUGCCUCUUCGGGAUGCUCGUGGUCCUGGGGUUGGUGUACUACUGCCUGCGCAGACGGCGCAGGCAGGAGGAGAAGCAGAAGUCCAUCUGCGUCAAGAAGACCAUCCUGGAGAUGCGGUACGGGCCCGAGGCGGCGGCGGUCGUGGCGGCGGCGGCCGAGCCUCCCACGAUGCAGAGGCACCACGACCAGCCGCACCACCACCACCACCACCACAGCAAGCUGCCUCCCUCUGCCUCCUCCAGCAUGGGCAUGCUGCACAGCUCUGCCAACACCAGCUCUUCCCGCCUUUCCUCCAUUCCGCAGGUGGAGAAGAUGGCCACCGCCUUCUCCGAGGCCAUGGCCGCCAGCAAGGGGAACUACAUGGAUGUGAGGACCUCUGGCCCAGGGGAGGAGCGUGGGAAGGACGGGAUGGCGGUAGGGGCCGGGGAGGACGACCUUCGGGAAGACGAUGGGAGCGACAUCGGGGAGGACUCUGACGAUGAGGGCAGAGGAUCCGCUUCAGAGAUCUCCACCAUUGCCAUGGAGGUGGACAAAGUCAACCAGAUCAUCAACAACUGCAUCGACGCCCUCAAGCUGGACUCGGCCGCUGUGGCUGCUGCGGCCGCGGCGGCUGCCACCACCACCGCUAACGCCACUUCCCCGCCACCGACCUGCAUCUCCUCUCUGACGAGGGGCCUCAUUCCGCUCCCCCCCGGUAUCACAGAGGGCUGCCAUGUCAUGCCGUCCCCCAAAAUACCUCCUCCGCCGCCACUUCCUUUCUCCCUUCCGCUGUCCGAGCGGCCCGGGAUCAGCGGUGGGGGUUUUGUAUCACCCCCGUAUCGCCCCCCGCCACCUGCCACUGCCAUGCAGCCAGUGCAGAGGCAGGUGAGCGCAGACGCCGCGAUGAUGGUGCUGGGCAACAUGAAGAAGCAAUGUAGCAUCUCCUCCGGCGGCUCCAUCAAAAGCACCCGGGUCUUUAGCCUGGAUGUCCCGGAGCCGUGCAGCCCGGAUCAGUGCCAAUACCAGGAGAAGAGCAGUCCCGCGGGGUGCGGGGAGCCACUGGAGACGCUUCCUCUGGUGGGGGCGGGAGGAGGUGGCGGCGGCGGGGUCGGAGGUGGAGGUGGAGCGGGCACUGGUGCUCAGCAGCACCUAGAGGUGCACCCAGACUACCACUGUGCGGAGCACCGCCACUCCUUCCCCGCCCUCUACUACGAGGGCUCCGCCGACUCCCCCAGCCAGAGGGCCUCCUUCCUCAAGCCCCUCACCCGCACCAAGAGGGACGCUGCGUCCUACUCCCAGCUCUCCCCCCGGCACCACAACUACUCCGGCUACUCCUCCAGCCCCGAGUACACCUCCGAGAACACGCUCCGCAUCUGGGAGCGGUUCCGGCCCUACAAGAAGGGCCCCCGGGAGGAGGCGUGCUACGUGACGGCGGGGAACGCCCUGCGCAAGAAGGUCCAGUUCGCCAAAGGGGAGGACCUGCACGACAUCCUCGAUUACUGGAAGGGCGUCUCGGCGCAGCAGAAGCUGUGAUGCGCCCGGACUCUUUGGGCAUCAGAGCGGGCCCCGUUCCUGAGACACUGAUCCUUGUGCUGAGACUGGAUGGUCUGCCUUUGAUUGACAAGGUGAUGGGUAAUGAACCCACCCCUUCCUGCACCCCACUCCCCCUUCCAAGAAUCAUUCAUGCUUGGUUUUUUCGGUGUUAAGUGUCAGUGUUAACUCACUGAAUAACUAGAAGUGAGACAUGCUGUAGGGCCGUUAUAGUGUUAAUUAGGUGCCAAAUGUGGGGUAAUGGUACAGAUUAAAUUCAUAAAUCAAGCGAUUUCACAGCAUUUCUUGUUUGUUUUUUUCUCUCUGGUUUGCUGGCUGGAAUCUUCUCUGGGAGAAACCAAACACAGCCAAUUGUUAGUGUUUAUUUUUGUGACUACAGGGGAAAGUCUGGCCUGAUACGUGAACCUGUGUGCUGUGCUAGUUCUGCAUUUUUACCCCCAACGUGCGUCCCGCUUUGCGUGCGGAACGCCACAUUUCGUUUUUUUUCCUCCAAACCGGUGAAGCGUAAGCAUUUCCCCGUACCGCGCCGCGCGGGCAAAGUGUGCCGAAGCCGAAGAAGGCCAUCAGGAAAGGGUUUCCAUCUGGAGACGCCGCCCGACGCCCCCGGUGCGCCUUUCAGGGCGGCCAGUCAUGCGUCAGGAGCACCUCGGGGGGCUCCGCAACGGAGACCCAGAAUCGAGGUCUUUGUGAGCUGCGGGGCGGAGGCGCGCACUACAAUGUAGGGCAGCGCAUCGGGGCAGUGGGCGGAGAUCGGGGGCAGCCUGGCGUGCCGUCCUGUAAUGGACUCGCGAGGGUGAAGCGGCCCUCAGGCCUGUGGCUCUGCGGUCUGCUCUGCCAUCCUGUUCCUGCAGAACGCUGAGGAACCGGUGUUCUGUGUAGGAGGGAGCGUGGCCCGUUCCAAGUAGCUGUACGUGCACCCAAACUCAGCACGCUUGUUACCGCCUGGGAGUUCUUUGGUUGCAUUUGUGCUCGAAUGGAUGUUGAGAAUUGCGGGACGUAUUCCUCUAUGACUAAUGGCGCGAUGGCGACACUUGGAUUCAGUCUACAUUUAUCAUAAAUUUUUACUUACAAUUAAGAGCCGGUUCCGCAACAGUUUGAACUGUCAAAAUUAACUGAUCUUUAUUUAGUAAAUAAAUGUACAUUUGUAACAUUACACCCAAGUUAUGGCGCAAUGUUAAUUGAUUUUUCGCCUUUGUCUCAGAGAGAAGCAAGACCUGGCAGAGCGUGAUUCCGCAGACUGUUCUGUGCGUCAACAGUGAACAUCUCAGUGAGCAUGUUGGGUUACUGCCAGCAUUUUUGCAUAGCACUUGUUGAUGCAGUAUCACAACGCUCACUGAAUCUGAGCAGAAAACUCUGGCAUAGAAGCCCUGCUCAUCCGUGAAGCUGAAACCAAUCGUAUAUUUUUCGGUCCAAGUUUUAUUGAGCGCUUUUAAAAAAAAGAAAAAAAAAAAGAAUGAAAUGGGGUGGCGGAGGAAAGAACAGAAUUAACAUUAACGUUCUCUACUUUAAAGAUAAUCUUGUCAUUCAUAUCCUGUUUAAUUAGGCAAAGAGGGGGCAAAGAGAAGUUAGAUAUUUUUAACUCCGAGAUUGUAGAUUUGAUUAACGUGACUCUUGUACAUUAUUAGGUAUGAGAUUGCCCAGAUUCAACCUUUUGCUUUUUCUAGGCAAAUAUUGUCUCCAUGGUUACAAAUUACAGAUAGUGUUCUGAAAUGCAUAGAGAAAUUCUAAAUUCUGACUGUAGAAACAAGACAUGUGAGUGCAGUGUAACAAAUAACCCCCUGAACAAUAUCAGGAGAGAGUAUGAAUUAAUAUCAAUGAAAGUAAACAGAUAUUUGUAAAUGAAACUGAAAUGGGAGAUAAAACAUAUUUAAGGCAUGAAUAUACUUUUUUCUUUUCUUUUUUCCUAUGAAGGCAGGAUGUAAAAGUAAAAUUUGUGAUUACAGUUGAGGAAUGAGGUGUCAGGAAGGAAAAUCUGACACCAUUCAUGUUUGAUGGUCCUACGGUGUGUCCCCAUGCCCUGGGGCAGUGUCACAAACCUUCAUUCAUUCAAAUCAUAACGGGCCCAUUUUUUAAAUAUUCACUUGAGCGGUUAAUUUAAAGAAUUGUAAUUUGUUUUCAAAUUAUCCGCUUUUUCCCCUCCCUACUUUAGUUGUUUAAUACAUUAAUUAAAAAAUAUGAAACAUUUUGUGUUAAAUUUGUAAAAAAAAAUAAAUAAAUAAAAAUAAUUUUUAAAUAUAAAAAAAAAACUAUAAAUAUAAGACUUUAUUAAAUCCUUUGAAAUGAAGGCCAAAGCACACUCGGGUCAGAAUGAGUAGAAGUCUAGGGGAUCAGGUAUCUCUCCGUGCUUGUGCUCCAGUCCACUGUUGUGGAGAAACUGUGAUGCCCCCCCCCCCCCCCUUCCGCCUGUGCUUCUUAGCACGCUGCCUUUGCCGUUGAAUACAAAAUGGCAAAUCCGUCUCAGCUUUGCAUUGCCGUUGAACUCAAAACCAGAAUUCUGUGCCUGCUUUUACAGUGUUAUUGAAAGUGUCUGGCUUUACAUUGCUGUCGCAUUGUGAAUAUAACGUUAGAAAGCCCGAUCCUGUUGCCAUUAACUGAGAUGCAAUCUUUAUUUUCACAUUGUAUCUGUGGGGGGGAACAAAAUAACAUAGUUCUCUCCUGACAAGAAUUAUCCUUGGAGAUUUAGCAGUUCCAAAUACAAUUUUAAAGCUGCAGUUUUAUUUUCCUUUUUUUGCUGAAUUGAACGGAAAGGCUCUACCUGAAUGCAGAUGUGUUUGUUUGGCAUUGAACAGGUUCUUUUGAGAAUUAAAAUGCUCUCAUUCACUCCUAUCAGGUGUUGGGCUCAGUCGUGUGUUAUGGAGUUGCAAUGAUGGAUCUGGCCUGGCGUUAAAGUUUUGAUUCAGUGCAGCUCAUUUCAUCUUGUUCUUUAGUCAGUCAACGUUUGUCCUUAACUAAUCUUACACUUUUUUUUCAUAGACUCAGUUUGGCAAGUUAGAACUGUUUUGUGAAAAGGAAAAAUCUCAUUGCUUUUAAUUAUUACUCAAAGAAAUGUGGACAAAUGUGGAUUGAAUAUCAACCCAAGUGUUCCCAGGAAGUACUGGAAAAAAGAGACACACUAAAUUAAUUGUAAAUAUGCAAACUGAAUCAACACUGUGUUGCACCAGACGAAACAAAUUGAUGUAAACUAAACAAAAAAAAAAACAAAAAAACAAAACGAAAAAAAAAACACCUUAAGGCGCUGCUACCGGAGGUUAACUGUGACUCACUAGAAAACAAAAUGGCAAACGGCGGACUUUUAACUGAAAAAAAUGGACAUUACAGUUACAUUAUGACACAAAAACAGGCCUCUUUGAAAACAAUCAAGAAUGCAUUCCCUCCAGUGUUUACAAAAACAGUUUGUACAGCAUGCCCCCGGGCAGACAAACAGGCCGUAAUGUUUCAGUGCAGGAAAGCUACUGUAUGUUCUAUUAAGUAUCCAUGCGCUUUUUAAUCUGUGUAAUUUAUUCAACUAAUUUUUACGGUCUUUGUGUAUUUUUCAUCUGCCUUGCUAAAUAUGGAGAAAGAGAAUCAAUAACUGUUAUUCGCCUCAUACAGAGGUUCCCAUUAAGGUUAUCCAAAUGAACAGCCGGUAAAUUUUGUCUUGGCUUUUUUCAAUAUUCUGUUGAACAAAUGAUGCAUGUAUUCUGUGGGGGGGAACAAGACUUUAGAUCUUUCCAGUGCUCUCCUGCUCAAGCAGAAUUUCUUUCUGUUACCACUUCACAUGCCGUUUCGGACUGUACUCAAAUUUCUAAGUCUCCUUGGGCAAAAUGAGGUUAGUCAGUGAAAAUUUGAAAGAAAAUGUGGAAUUUCUACGGGGUCUUUGUUGUUUUAUUUGGUUUGGCCAUGCUGGCAUUCUCAGAACUGCUCGGACACAUUUGACAUUAAAAACGCAUCAGAGGUUUUCUGAGAAUGUCGGCUGAAUACGGUAUUAAUUAAAAAUGUUCUGUCAGUUUUUUCACUUGCUGAAAAUGCAAGUAUGGGAUUGUGCACCCCUUUUCAGGUCAGGUAGUGUUUCAUCGUAUUCUGCUGUAUUCAUUUUGAGGCACGCAUAAUGACCCCUGGGCUCAUAUAUUAAAUGUGCAGGUUUGAGAUUGUUACCGUCUUUAGUGCACUUAAUUAAAAACAGGAACAUCAGUUGUGUCAUAUCUGUUAAAUUCAAGCAUGGGUUUGGGUAAGGUUUUUGGACAGCUUCAUAACCAGGUGCUUCAUGUACCAUUUUCAUGCUGCCAUGCUAUUUUCCAUAUGUUUGAUCUCAUAUUAUGGAGCAGAACAUGAUUUACAUCAUUUAUAUUCAUCCAUGCCCUCAUGGUUUUAAUUGACAGAUUUUAUGGCUCGUACUGUAUUGUUCCUGCAGUCUUGUUGUUGCAUGGAAUUCUGGGAUACGUUCUGUGAAAAGCCUUGUAGGGGAGCUGAAUGCAACCCAUUGUGGUGCAUGGUGGAUAAAACCACAGUGCUCAGCGCUGAUAUUUUAAUUCACUUAAUUCCUGUCUGUAAUCUCCAGACCCAUUUUGGGGUGGUAUUCAGUUUAGAACAUGCUCCAAAUUCAGCUCGUCUCCAGGGCAAAAAACAUCAACAGUGAAAUCAAAGGAUUGAAUAAAAACAUUUGUCAGUUAUUAAAAAUUUUAAAAUAAAUUAUUUUAUAAAUUAGUUGAGUGUGAAGUAGGCCUACACUGCUAUUGAUUAAAAAAUUAGAUUAAAUAAGAAAUAUCAAUAUCAUGUUCUACAGUUAUGAAUUAAUUCACGAGCACGGUUCAAGGAAGAAUAGGUUUUCAGGGGAAAAAAAGGGUGCGUUUCAUAUUUUUGACAUCAUCAGGCAAGUUUAAACAUCAGACAGGGCUAGAUUGAUACAGGAUGAACACAAACACUAAACGCAAGGUAGCAUCACUGGAAGGAGCAAUCAGAAACCAUGUGACAUUCAUCACUGCGAGCUAGUGCAAGAGCAAAGGACUACUUCCCCAAAGGAGUUUCCCCACUUUCUCAACUUUAGCAUAUUUUAUGCCUCCACAUUGGAAAGAGAACAGAAGAAAAGCUAACCUUGAAGACAUUUAGCAAACACUUAUUCACAGUGACUUUGCUGCUAUCCAGAGCUUCCAUUUUAAUACAUUAUUCAUUAAAUACUCUAUUCCUUUACACAUACAUAUUGAAGUGAGUCAGGUUAUAAGUACCUUGCAUUACAGGUUACAAGACCAGUUCCUUACCCAUUAUACUACACUGCCGCCCAGUCAAUGGUGUGGUCAUGGUAUGGUAUGACUUCUUGGUCAAUGGUAUGGCAGCAGUUCCCUUUCCGGGAAUUGAAUCUUCAACUUGUGGGUUAGUCCACUUCCCUAACCAUUUUUGCUGUCCUUUCUUGACUGAAGCAAUUGUCAUUGCAGUUAUUGAUAGAAACAUGAAUUUCUACCAGUUCUCUCUGUUAUGUAAGCUGCCAGAGAUCUUCAUGUAAAGAAACAAGUUGCUCAGAUUUCAGAGAGAGAUGAGAAGUGAGAGCGUGAGAGAUGAAGUGGUGGUCAAGUGACCAUAAUGUCGCCAUUGUUUGUACACAAUAUCGCCAUGCGACCAUUGCCAUAUCGAAACGAAGUGAAAUGUUUUACUUUGACAUGGAUAUUGCCAAUUAUGUGCCAAUUAUGUGCCGCUUUAUUAUGAUGAGAUUUAACAGUUAUGAGCAGGUUUGUUAACGAUUCUUAACGGCUUUAGCCUGACACUGAACAUGUGUAAUUGCCGAUGGCCUGACCCACAUUAUAGGCGGGUUCAGUCAGUUUGGGGUCCGCGUUUCAUUGCUAGCUAGCAACCCGUGCUGUUCUACUGGGCACCCGCGGACGGCAUGCUAAAGCCGCAUACGAAAGGUCUUCCUACAACUGCACUCUAUGCAAGCCAAGCUGUAGUGUGCGAUGUGGGGGGAAAAAGCUGAUAACUCCACAUGUUUCAGGAGAGAACUGCCGAUGUCUUAACUCUCCCAAUUCGGCAGCGGCAUUCUUGCAUGAAUGUGGCUGUGGUUGCGGAUGUCUGGGCAUUUCAAAUUAGGGUGGGAAUUGGAUAUGUGCUUCCCUGCGUUGAGGCCAAAUAUUUUUUUUAAAGAUGGAUUGGUUUAUGCACGUGUAUAAUUUCAAAGCACAUAAUGUUUUAAUAGUGACGAUUGCAAGGUUGAACAAAAUGCAGAGAAACGUUACCUCCGAAUCUCUCUCAGUAGUGGUUUUUAUUUUGUCCUUGUUCAGUUUAGACCAUCCUUACUGUCAAUAUUCUCCUCAGAUGUCCUGUUGCUGUUCAGCAACAGCUCUCUGGCUGACAGGUGAUGGAUUGGAAGAUGGGAUAGAAUAAUAUUAACUUUUUAACCUGGCUGUGGACACUCUUAUCCAGAGUAACGUACAGUGCAAAGAUCAGGGAUCAAAAUGCAGUAAGUACCUAGUGGGGACUCGUAUAGUCCUAAGAGAGACGAGAAGUACAGAUUCAAUUGGCAGCUUGACAACAACCCUAUUGAACAAUCAACUUAAGUUUAUACAAAGAAGAACAGUAAGUUACACAAGCAAGAACCAAGCUACCCUAAUGACCAUUGAACUGCAUUAAAUGACCAAUAUGGCAUAGGUCUCUUAUGCGUUUUAAUGAUUCAGAGUGACUAAAAGGACAUUAUAAAAAUCACAACCGCCCAGGUAGGCUAUGUCAGUUUUAGUUUUGGAUUAUUUUGCCAGCCAGAAUCCGAAUACGUUUCAGGGAACAUGAAGUCAUCGGGAUAAAUAUAACACUGAUUAUAUUCAUGCAGUGGCCACUUUAUUAAGUACAUCGAUCUAGUACCGGGUAUGGCUCACUUCAGAACAGACUGAAUUCUUUGCAUCAUGGAUUCAAAAAGGUGCUGGAAACAUUCCUUACGGAUUCUGGUCCAUGUUGAAUAGUUAACAUCAUGCAGUUCCUGCAGGUUUUUAUGCCACACAUUCGUAUUGCAAAUCUCUCGUUCCACCUCAUCCCAACCUUGCUCUGUUACAUUGAGUUCUGGGGACCGUGUAGGCCAUGGGAGUAAACUGAAGUCACAUGUUUGUGGAUCCGGCUUGAGAUGAUGCGUGGUUUGAGAUGCGUUAUCCUGCUGAAAUUAUCCAUUUUAAAAAGGGUGAAACGUGGCCAUAAUGGGAUGCACAUGGUCAGCAACAGUGCAUACAGUGUGCGUGCUGUGGCGUUCACGUGAUGCUCAGUUGGUAUUAAGGGGCCUAAUGUGUGCCAAGAAAACAUUCCCCACACCAUUAUGCCAUCACUACCAGCCUGCACCAUUGGCUCAAUGCAGGUUGGAUCCAAGGAUUCGUUCCAUUUAUGCCAAAUUCCCGCCCUACCAUCUGCAUGUCACAACAGAAAUUGAGAUUCAUCAGACCAGGCGUUGGCUUUCCCAUCUUUAGUUGUCCUGCUUUGGUGAUCACAUGCUGACAGGAGUGGAACAGGGCAUGGUCUUGAAAAUGCCCCUCUGCACACCACUGUUGCAGACAGAUGUUAUUUGAGCGUUUGUGACCUUUCUGUUAUUGUGAAUGAUUCUGUCCAUUCUCCCCGACCUCUCUUUCUAAAAAGGUGUUUUUUUCCCCCAUAGAACUGCCAUUCACUGGAUAUUUUUUGUUUGUCAAACCUUUCUCUGUGAGACUGUUGUGCAUGAAAAUCCCAGGAGGGCAGUUGCUUCUAAGAUGCUGGAACCACCACAUCUGGCACCAACAAUCAUACCAUGGUCAAAGUCAUGUUGGAACAUGUGUCUUGCCCAUUCUAAUGUUUGGUCGAACAACAACUCAUCCUCUUCACCAUGUCUGCAUGCUUUACAGUAUAUGCUGAGUUGCAGCUGCAUGAUUCACUGUUUGAAGGAGCCAGGCUAUUCGCGUUACUGAGCAGGUUAUUCCUAAUAAAGUGGCCACUGUGUGUAUGUGUGGGCUUCUUUGCUGAUGAGCUGUGAAUCACCAGAGCUGAGAGGGACGGCGCCUGCCCUGCAUGUCAUCCGACACCCUGACAAAGUUGAGUGACUUCUCGAGUCCCCUCUGACGGGGUGUUUGCAUUAACGAGGCUUUUCGAAAUGUCCCGGUAGCCGCCGCAGGUUCAGCAGGCGCAUUCGAACGCUGCAGCGAGAGCCGCUCUCGCCGCCGCACAUGUACCGCACACGUACCGCACACGUACCGCACACGUACCGCACAGACCCGCGGAGACGCGCCGAUGCAGCGUCAGCGUGACUAAUCGUUUCGAAGGGUGCGUUCGCAGAGGGGCACAGGCGCUCGUAGCCGAUACGAGGAGCGCAGUCGCGGUGACACAUCAGUUUAGGCUGCCGGGGACGCGUCGCAGGGGCGCUUGCGCUCCCGAGGGCGUUCGAAGCGUACAGGAUGGCCCCCGGCGAACCCCCUGUUUUAAAAUAGAACUGAAGUGGACGUGGGUGUGCUUGUGAGCUUCCCCCCCUUCAGCAACUGCUUUGUUCUUUUCCGUCUUCGGCACGAUCUUUUUUACGUAACCACACCCCCCCACCCCCACAGCGGUGCGUCAGGUAGAGGAGCGGAGGACCGCAUGCCGCACGCAAGCUUAAGUGACCGGGAGUACGCUACUGCCCCCCAUAUGCCCCCCCCACCCCCCCCCACCCUUGUGAUAUUCCCACUCAGCUGCCACAAUUUUCUCUCCACGUUUCUGCGACGUUGUGGUGACGUUGCAAGCUUACGUAGCUGCGCAUCUGCUGUCUGUGUGCCUUGCACGCUUGUACUCGGUCAUGAGCCAGGCCAUAUCGAUGAACCACAGAGCUGGUGUAUAUACCAUAGUUGAAGCAUUGCAGGGGAGCACUGAGAAUGGUACAUGUCCUAAAAUAUGAUACAGGUAUAUGGUCGUUACUUCAAAAAAAAACAAAAAAAAAAGAAAUGUAGAUUUUUUUUCCCUAGCAUAUUUUAAAUGUUUGAUUUCUUAUUGGAAAAAAAUUAACAAAUGUGAAAUAUCUGUGAAUUUUGUAAACUUAAAAAAAAAAAAGAAACAUGACUUUUAUACUGAGCUUGAUAUGUAUGUUUUUUGUUUGUUUUGUUUUUUUGCUUUUGGGAGGGGUAAAAAGGUUUUUGAUAGGGGUGUUGAUAUGCGAUGAACUAUAUGAAAGAAAGGCUUUAAACAGAGAAAGUUUAAAAAGUGACAUUUAAAAGAAAUGGUAUAUUUGCAUGGCUUCCUGUAUUUUUCAAGAGAAGAAAUAUAUUGUGUAUUUUGAGUGGAUGUACAUCAACAACAAAACAGUAGGAACUGAAAAUACCCAUCAGGUCUUUACUGGUUCUUUCUAUUUCUCUCUUUUUUAAAUGAUUUAGGUUUAGGGUACAUUUUUAUCUAUUGCUUUUAUGGUACCAGUUGCUUUGAAACCAUAUCUUGUUAUUUGUCAUUAUAACGACUGCAUUACUGUGUUGUCACUACAGCUGCAUCAUCAUAAAAGAUGAGCAUCUGUAGAAUGAGAGAAAAUGGAAUGAGCUGCUGGUGACGGAAAAGCUCAAAGCGAUGAGUCAUCUGUUUACACGUGACGUUGUUCCGCAUCUGCAGUAACAUAACAAUGCCAUUUAGCGGCCGUUGUACCUUGCUAAAUACAGCAUAAUAGAUAUUACAUUAGGAAAUUGGUCUUUGGGUUUACAUGCAAGUGUAUCUUAAAUAAUGCAAUGUUUGGAAAUUGAAACAUGUUUUCUGCAUCAAGAGAUGUUGACAUAAACUGAAGAAAUAUCUUUGGCCCUUUAAAAAAAAAAAAUUGCUUCCAACAUUUCAAAACUGGUCAUAAACGUGCAACUUCAGAAAUAAUUUUGCGUUCGCCAUUUCACUCUAAUGGAUAAUCAUGUAUUUGCUAAAUGUUAUAUUAUAAUUGUAUGAUUUUUUUAUCGUCAUGUCCAUCAAUUUUAUAAAGGAUUCAAAGGAUAGUUUUUUUUUCUUUAUUUCACAAGACAAAUUGUCAAGGCUGCACAUUUAAUGCUCUGAUUAUGUAAUGCUCACAUUUUACCUGCUGCAUGGUAGAGCCUGAGUUCAGGGUAUCUUCUCUGUACUCACAGCAGUAGUUUGAUAUCAGAGGACCUGCAUUAACACUGACUAGUCCCCUAUAUUGAUUUCAGAGUUCUGGAAUGCACCGUUGUGUUUCAUAGAAGACUCCAGGCUGUUUUUUUCGAAAGGUAGACAGGCUCUGGGCAACAGUAAAAAUAAAUAAAGUCGGAUGAUUUGUUUCUGAGUAUCAAAAAAAAAAUCAGAUAGUGAAUAAGCCCAGUGCUCGCAAAUUAGAAUGGGUGUUGGAGUUUGGGGAAUGGUGGUUGAUAACCUUCUCAACCUACAUUAGCACCCCACAGAGGGACUGCAGUUGUCUGUUCUCACAUCACUGAGCAAAUAAGCUACCUGCGAUCGAUCGCAAACGCGGGUCCAGGGUCCCAGGGAAAUCAGUCCUCUAAUAGGUAAACUGUAAGUUCAAUAGGAUCCAGGCAGAUUCAGACUCCUGCGGGCACAAUGAGGUUGCCAGGGUUCUCUUUCUGUGUGGGGGCCAAUCAGGAGGCAGUAUUGGAGUUACUGCUCUGUCUCAUUCAAAUAGAUUAUGAGAAUAUGCAGAACAAAAAUUGCAUUACAGACUUUUUUCUUUUUUUCUUAGAUUCCUCAUGCUUUUUUUUAGGGGCUACUUUGCUAUGUUUAUUUUCAUCUUUGUCAUUAAAAGUAGUGGUACUUUUGUCACAAAUAGAAAGGUUUUUGUCAUACUGUGUAUCCCAAACUCUGAAGUAAAAAUAAAAAGUCAAAAGUUAUUAGACAGACCAGUAAAAUGGUGUCAAUGGUACGAAAGAGCUUUUUGAAAAUUAUUAUUAAUCUUCGGCUCAAUCUAAUGCUGGCUUUCUGUUUUCACCUCAUUCUGUUCUCUCAGUUGUGAAUAUCUAAGAAAAGACUCAUCUGUUGUAAGAAGAAAAUAAACUCACCAAAUUUG